AUGCCUGAAACUAUUGUUGUGCUGUUUGAUAAUGGGAUGUUUUCUCAGAACCAAGAUUACCUUCCAAGCAGGUUCGUGGCGCAGAAGGAGGUUGUAGAGUCAUUGAUAUCAAGGAAGUUUGAGGAUAACCAAGAAAACACAAUAGGAAUUGUUCCUCUGGUGCAGGUUCAAGCAAAUGAUAUUGUGACACCAACCAAACAGAGAGCAUAUAUAAAGACAUUUCUGAACAGGAUUGUGCUGAACAGCAAGACAGACAUUAUGAGUUGCCUAUCACAGUGCAUCCACAUCUUCAACCAGAGGGAUACGCCUGGAUGCAUGCUAGUGAUUCUUCUUGGAACAAGAAUGGAAGAUGUUCCCGAGGAUGAGCUAUUUGCAAGGAUUUACGAAAUACUGACGCUUGGAAUCAACAUCAAAAUGGUGUUUUUUGGAGAAGCAUUGGGAAUGUCUGAGUCGUUCCGAAAGAUAGGCUUGACGAGCUUUUCUUGCAUAGAAAUUGAACCAAAUGAUGAUUUAUCAAGUCGGGCAUUGUCUUUUGUAUGCGGAAGCGAUAUUUCUGAUGAAGAUGACCCAGAGCUUGCAGAAGCUAUCCGGCUUUCUCUUGAAGAGCAGCAGAAGCAGAAGUAA